UCUCUGCUGUUUACGACACCUAUCAAACCAUAUCUAGGUCAUUGCUGGGGUAUUAACGCCGACACGGGUCAGAGUGCUAUUACAGUGGAUUAUUCAAGAAUAAUGGAGAUCGAAGUACUUCACGCAAAAUCUGGAAAAAGCCUAGGGAAGGUAACAGGGCUGUCUCCAGGUUCUACAAUUUUAGAUGUGAAAAAUGAAUUUAGGAAGCUCAAAAAACACCUCUAUCCUGAUAGACAGUCCUUCAGACUUGAACAAAAGAGCAAGAUGUUGAAAGAUGAAGCUACUUUGAAGGCUUUGAACAUUACAAGUGGAGGAAAACUGUACUUCAAAGACCUUGGUCCACAAGUUGGAUGGACCACAGUAUUUUUGACCGAGUAUGCUGGACCCCUCGUCAUUUACCUGCUGUUCUAUAUCAGACCUGCCAUCAUUUAUGGAGCAAGUGCAGCAUCAAAACCAAGAGCAGAAGCAGUAAACAUUGCAGCUGCCUGUUGGACCUUUCACUAUGCCAAAAGAUUGUUGGAAACUGUCUUUGUGCACAGGUUCUCCCAUGCCACCAUGCCAAUACUCAACAUCUGCAAGAAUUCCUCCUACUACUGGGGCUUUGCUGCUUUUGUUGCAUAUUUCAUAAAUCAUCCUUUGUAUACCCCUCCAUCAUAUGGUGCCAUUCAGUUAUAUGGAGGCCUUGCAGCUUUUAUAUUUAAUGAACUGGGCAACUUCUCCAUUCACAUUGCAUUUAGAAACUUGCGGCCUGCAGGUUCUAAAGAAAGAAAGAUUCCAAAACCCACAGUAAAUCCCUUCACCUGGCUGUUUACUUGGGUAUCUUGUCCUAACUACACAUAUGAAGUUGGGGCAUGGAUUAGCUUUUCAGUUAUGACUCAGUGUCUACCAGCCCUACUGUUCACUGCUGCUGGGUUUUAUCAGAUGACAGUGUGGGCCAUGGGGAAGCACCGCAACUACAAAAGAGAAUUCAAAGACUACCCACGGGGAAGGAAGCCAAUCAUUCCAUUCUUGCUUUAAUUUUUAGAAUUAAAGAAAUGUUACUGAAUCAAACUAGUCACAAUCAGGGGACCUGUAAAAGAUGUAUCUUUUUGUGAAUGUUUAAUGAUUAUGUAGAACUGAUCAGUUUUCUAUGAAGGUGACAUUUACAAUUCUAUCAGUGACGUAUACAAUGUAGAUUGCUUAAAUCGGAGAUGAAGUAAUGCCUGGUGGUAAUUUGAUUAAUGUGUAUUUCUUUGCAUUGUUUAAAGCAAAGGAACUGUGAUAAAUGCUAAGGGUGAAAUUUAACAUUAAAAUUACAUGUUUUGUUAUGUAAUUUUGUUAAAUAAAUUAGUACAUACAA